GGCACACCAUCACUCUUGAAAAUCUCAAAUCUUUCUUCCCAAAUCUUCACAAGACUCUUCUCCACUCAAACCCUAGAGAGAGAGAGAGAGAGAAAGUCUCAGUGAGUCAGUCAUGGCGAUGAAGCACCUCUUGUCUCUAUCUCGCCGGUCCCACCGGGCGGUAUCAUCAGCUCUAUCCCAGACCGUCCGAUCAUCCUCAACCUCACCCGCGAUCGCCACACCUUCAUCAGCCCCAGCCGCCUCCCCUCCUCCGCCAACUGCCAUGAUCUACGACCGCCUAGCCGAAGCCAUCAAAGCCAAGAUCAAGCAGCUCGACAACCCGGACCCCCGGUUCCUCAAAUACGGGUCGCCCCACCCGGAGCUAACGGACCACACUCGGAUCCUCUCGGCUCCGGAGACCCGCGUAACCACCUUGCCUAACGGUCUCCGCGUCGCCACCGAAUCGAACCUGGCUGCGAAGACCGCCACCGUCGGGGUUUGGAUCGACGCCGGGUCGAGAUUCGAGACCGACGAGACCAACGGCACGGCUCAUUUCUUGGAGCAUAUGAUAUUUAAAGGGACGGAGAAGCGGACCGCGAGGCAGUUGGAAGAGGAGAUCGAGAAUAUGGGAGGUCAUCUCAAUGCCUACACUUCGAGAGAGCAGACCACAUACUAUGCUAGAGUCAUGGACAAGGACGUGCCUCGGGCGCUCGAUAUCUUGGCCGAUAUCUUGCAGAAUUCUAAGUUUGAUGAUAACCGCAUUAACCGCGAGCGCGACGUGAUUCUCAGGGAAAUGGAGGAGGUUGAGGGGCAAACUGAGGAAGUUAUUUUCGAUCAUUUGCAUGCGACUGCGUUUCAGUACACUCCUUUGGGUAGAACUAUUCUUGGACCUGCUCAAAAUAUUAAGACAAUCACUAAAGAUCAUCUCCAGAGCUAUAUACAAACACACUAUACAGCUCCCAGAAUGGUCAUUGCUGCUUCUGGAGCUGUGAAGCAUGAGGAAAUUGUUGAGCAAGUAAAAAAAUUGUUCACAAAGUUGUCAUCAGAUCCCACCACAGCUACUCAGUUAGUUGCAAAAGAACCAACGGAUUUUACUGGUUCCGAGGUUAGGAUAAUUGAUGAUGAUAUUCCUUUGGCACAAUUCGCGGUUGCUUUUAGCGGAGCAUCUUGGACAGAUCCAGAUUCCAUUGCUCUGAUGGUCAUGCAGGCUAUGUUGGGUUCAUGGAACAAAAGUGCCAGUGGAGGAAAGCACAUGGGUUCUGAGCUUGCACAAAGGGUUGGCAUUAAUGAAAUUGCAGAGAGCAUGAUGUCGUUUAACACCAAUUAUAAAGACACUGGUCUAUUUGGUGUUUAUGCUGUUGCUAAGCCGGAUUGCUUGGAUGAUUUAGCAUAUGCAAUAAUGUAUGAGACAACCAAGUUAUGUUAUCGAGUUUCUGAAGCUGAUGUAACUCGUGCACGUAAUCAGUUAAAAUCUUCUCUUCUGCUGCACAUAGAUGGGACAAGUCCUGUAGCUGAAGAUAUUGGGCGCCAGCUACUUACAUACGGCCGAAGAAUACCAUUCGCAGAGUUGUUUGCCAGAAUUGAUGCUGUUGAUGCAAGCGCCAUUAAACGUGUUGCAAACCGAUUUAUUUGGGACAAGGAAAUUGCAAUUGCUGCCAUGGGGCCCAUCCAGAGUUUGCCUGACUACAACUGGUUCAGACGCAGGACCUACUGGAACCGCUACUAGUUUGCUUUUCAUUUCUUGUUUAUUUACUCAUCAUUAUACUUUCUGGGGUCUGGUCUUGGAUAAUUUGUUCCAUUUUACAAAUCAAUGCCCAUGGAGAGCAGUCAGGGCCUGGCAUUUUGAUUGAUUUGUUUAGGUCUUGUUUUUGUAACGUUUUAUAUUUUACAGAAAUAAGUAUGCCGCCAUCAAUGUUGCGAUUGUGAAUUAGAAGACACCGUCCCCCCACAUGGCUCUAAGCUAAAUUCAAAGUGGUUUACCUGGCAUUAAUGUGUCAGCUGAUAUUAUUUGAUUUUCUUGUGAGUUCCGACAGUUUCUCAAAGCUUUUAGUGGUCUCUUAGAACAUAAAAGCAAAUGUAUUCUUCUGCCAAAUGAAUGCGGUAUUCUCUUUCUUCCCCAUUUA